UCCGGCUCCGGCGGCCUGAAAAUGCCACACACUUAGUCGACGGGCGCCUUUUUCAUCACCACCGGGGAAUCAUCUUCAUCCGAUCUUCCUCAUGGCGGAUCCUCAUUUACCGCCCCAGGCUCCCGCUGUCCAAGUUCCACUCCUCAAUUCAAACAACUACCGAGAAAACCAGGGCACUGAUCUUGACCGGGUGCUGGACCGGCUCGAGAAGUUUCUGACAUUUCUCGGAUUCAAACAGUCUUCAGCACUGAGUUUUUUGCUGUUUGUGGUGGUCGGGGUUUUGCUUCUGGUUCUGAUGCUGGAGUUUUCUCAGUGCUCCGGUUGCGAGAAGUAUCAGAUUACAAAUUUUGAGCUCGACAUUGUCGCUUCUCAGACGUGCUUGGCUACUAUUUCCCUGCUCUGCUUGUCACAUUUUCUAAGAAAAUAUGGCAUAAGGAAGUUUCUAUUUGUUGAUCGAUCCUAUGGCCAUGUGGCUUCGCUUAACGAAAAAAUUAUUUAAAUUUUAAGAGAUAAGAUUUAAAUAAGUAUAAUACUAGUAAAUAUAUGCCUUUAAAUGUU